UGCCCGCGUCGUCCGAGCUUCCGAGAUUCCCGCGCCGGGGUGUCCGGCUUCUCUAAGGGACCGUCAACAAAACAGAGAGGCGUCAACCUUUUCCCUUAGGGGGCGGAUUCGGGUAGGAGUGGAGCGUUUGGUCGGCAACGCCCCCUUCUCGCUCUUAGGCGGGGCACGUGAGGCGGAGUGCCCGGCCUGCGGGGCAUGGCCCGGUGUGGGGAGGGCGGUGAGGCCCCGGGGGUGCCUUUGGGGUCCCCUGGCGUUUGCGUUAAGGGGCUGCCGAGGAAGGGGCCCAGUGAGAGGCGCCGGCUGAAGGCGAUGGUGUCGGAGCAGCUCGCCCAAGAUCUGCUCAGGCUUCUAAGGGAAGAAAUCCAUGCAGAUGUUACUUUCUCUGUAGGUUGUACUUUGUUCAAAGCACACAAAGCAGUCCUUUUAGCAAGGGUUCCUGACUUCUAUUUUUACACUGUUGGACCGACAUCGAGUCAUUUAACAGAUCAUGAGUCUGUUGCUCUGGAGAAUGUUGAAGCUUCAGAGUUUAGGACAUUUUUACAGAUUGUAUAUUCAUCCAACAGAAAUAUAAAAAACUACGAAGAAGAAAAUCUUAGGAAAAAGAUAGUGAAGAGUGGCCUAUCACAAAAAAAAAUGGACUUUAAUUUUCAAAAAUGUAAAGAAUCAUCUGAUUCUUUUCUUCAAAAGCCUGAAAAUCCAGAGGAUAUCAGUGAUCGAGAUGACAGUUUAAUUUCCAAUGAUAACUGUGACUUGGAACCUGCAUCUGAAUUAGGAGAAGAUUUAUUGAAGCUUUAUCUGAAACAUUGUUGUCCAGAUAUUGAUAUUUAUGUUGAUGGAAAAAAUUUCAAAGCUCACAGGGCCAUUUUAAGUGCCAGAUCUAGUUACUUUGCUGCAAUGCUGAGUGGCUGUUGGGCUGAAAGCACCCAAGAGUAUAUUACUCUUCAAGGUAUAAACUAUGUAGAAAUGAAUAUUAUGAUGCAUUUUAUAUAUGGAGGAACUUUGGAUUUUCCAGGAAAAGCUAAUGUUGGUCAAAUACUCAAUAUGGCUGAUAUGUAUGGACUAGAAGGAUUAAAAGAAGUAGCCAUAUAUAUUUUAAGAAGAGAUUACUGUAAUUUCUUUCAAAAGCCUGUCCCCAGAACAUUGGCAUCUAUACUAGAAUGCCUUAUUAUCGCUCAUUCAGUUGGAGUGGAAACUCUUUUUGCUGACUGCAUGAAGUGUAUUGUGAAGCAUUUUGCAAGGUUUUGGUCUGAGAGAAGCUUCGCAAAUGUACCUCCUGAGAUUCAAAGAGGUUGUCUUCAUAUGUUGAUUCAGUCCUUAAAUGAUAAGAAUGCUGCUUUUCUUCUGAUGGAAAGUGACAGGCUUGUCAUCAGUUUGCCCAGAGUGAAGUGGACAGAAGCAGCAUUGACUAUGGCAUCUCAGCUCCAAGAGGAAUGUAUUGAGUUUAUUGUGAAAAACUUCUCCAAGAUUAUUCAAAGUGAAAAUUUUGCUCUUCUCUUACAGUCACAAGCAAUGAGCAGUACAUAUGAUCUGUUGGACAAAAUUUUAAAAGCAAUUGAAGAAAACAUUACCACUGAAAACAGCUGCUCUCUCCUCAUGGCCCUGGACACAUUACUGAGUUCGGAUAGUACAAAAGAAAUGGGUUUUACGUGCAAGAUCCAAGCUCUGCGUGAUAAGCUGUGGAUCUUCCAGGUUCAGUCUUUCUAUGCUGUUCGUCACACAGAGGGCUGGAAGCUGAUGAGCACAGAUGAUCAAGAGAAAAUCCAAGCAGCUGCAUUUGACAAAGGUGAUGAUCGAAGACUUGGCAAAAAGCCUAUAUUCAGUAGCUCUCAGCAAAGGAGACAAGUUUCUGAUGCAGGUGUUAUAAACAAAAAGUCUUGCAGGAGAAAUAGCAAGAAAGACUGCUGGAGUUCUGUCUCUGCUAAUCAAAAGAUGAAGUCGGAUGGAUUAGGAGCUUCUGGACAUUCCUCAAGCACUCACAGAAAUAGUACAAAUAAAACUCUUAAGCAUGAUGGUUUAAAGGAAAAGGAUGAUAUGAAAAUAGCAUCUAAGAUUACAAAAGAAUUAAAAACUGGGGAAAAAAGUGUUUCUGGAAAGCCUAAAACUAUAGUAAAGCCCAAAACAGAAAACAAUGACAAUGCAAAGUUGGAAACCAUGUCAUCUAGACAAGUUGUGGAAAGACCGGCACCAGCAGCAGCAGCUGGACAGAAAAACUCAGUAAAUGGAAAAGGGAAAUCAAUGGAAAAUGGAAAUCAAACAGGGCAGAUUACAGGUGCCAGACCCAAGACACUUACUGGAAACUCAAAUGUACAGGUCAGAGCAAAGCCUUUGAAGAAAAUGACCGGGAAAAAUUCUCCAUGUCCCAGCAUUGCAGGACAGUCCAACAGAUCUACAAAUUCAAGUAUGGAGUUACUGAUUUCCACUGAAUGUCUCAAUGAACCAGAAGAAAAUGGAUCAAUGGGUGCAGAGAAGUCUUCUGGUCAUAAGCCUUCGUUUUGCAAUUCUUCAGGACAGAUGGUGAAAAACAGUGUAGAGAGUGUCAAAACUUCCACUGUGGCCAUAAAAUCUCGACCUGUUUCAAGAGUUACCAAUGGAACGUCUAAUAAAAAAAACACUCAUGAACCAGACAAUAAUAUAAAUAAUAGCAUACUAAAGAAGGUCAGUGGCAAAGGAUGUAGUGAUCCAGUACCACAAGCAGUUUUGAAGAAAAGAGGGAAUGGGAGUGGAUGUGCUACAGCUCAGCAGAGGACCAAGAGUACCCCAAGUAAUCUUGCUAAAACUCAAGGAUCCCAAGGAGAGUCACCAAAUUCAGUAAAAUCUUCAGUUUCUUCAAGGCAAUCUGAUGAAAAUGUGACAAAGUUGGAACACAAUACAACUACAGAUAAACAAACACCCAAGAGAAAAAUUGCCAAGCAAGGACAGGCACCUAUGUCUAAGGUUAAUGCAAAAAUAGCAGCAAUGCCUAAAAACCUCAAUCAGCCAAGGAAGGGUGAAACGUUGAAUAAUAAAGAUUCAAAACAAAAGACUCUUCCUGCACAGGUAAUGCUGAAAACGCAGUCAUCUUCUCAAAGACCAUUAAAAAGCGAAACAUCUCUUGUCCAAAAAAGUAUGCUUCGUGAUGUACAAGAUAAUAAUAACGGGGACAGUCUUUCUGAACAGAAGUCUCACAGGCCUGUCGUUAACCUUGCGCCUGAAGUCAGUGUUGCAGAAGCUUGCCAGUCGUCACACAAACUGGACCCACAAAAACUACUGAACAAUCAAGAACAAGACAAGUUGAUGUUAGAAUGCCAAAACAUUUCAAAGCUGGAGGAAUCCAUGGAGCAUGAACUGGAAUCGAACCAGAUUUGUUCAGAUGGAAGUGAAACGAAAUUUCCCAGUCACAAAGAAACAGAUCGUUACAGUGCAACUCAAAAUUCUGCUGGAAGUAAUAAUGUAGAUGCAAAAUUUUGUAGCACCACUGCCCUAAAACCCAUGAUUUCAAAUCCAGAUAAAAACUCCCUGAACUCGAGUCCAAUUUGUGGUCUAGACUCAACAAAUACAGAGCAAAUUCAUUUACUAUCAGAGAAGGACAAUCACGUAGGUACAAACCACAAGUCAAGCAUUAUGUGUGUGAAAGAUGUUUUAUCUUGUGUUCCUGAAAGGACAAACGGUACCUUAAAUUCUGUUCAGGAUGACAGAAAAUGUACAGGUCAUGUAGGAGAACCAAGAAUUCCUAGUCAGUUCUCUGAUGACUUUGCUGUAAGUGAAGACAAACAUGCAACAGCAGACUCAGAUAUUUCUUCCAAAAGUUUUUCAGGGAAACUAUCAGGAAAAAAUUCUCCUAAAAAUAUGGAAACAGCAGAAACUCCAGAGAGCCAUGGAACUCCAGAAGCCCCAUUCAUGGGCCACUGGAAUUUGAGUACCAGUGUUCUACAUCCGCGAGAGAGUCCCGAGUCAGACACUGGCAGUGCUACGACAUCCUCCGACGACAUAAAGCCCAGAUCUGAAGACUAUGAUGCUGGGGGGUCUCAGGAUGACGAUGGGUCGAACGACAGAGGCAUUUCUAAGUGUGGCACUAUGCUGUGCCAUGAUUUUCUUGGAAGAAGUAGCAGUGAUACCAGUACUCCUGAAGAAUUAAAAAUAUAUGAUAGUAAUUUAAGAAUUGAAGUAAAAAUGAAAAAGCAAAGUAGUAAUGAUCUUUUCCAAGUUAACUCAACAAGUGAUGAUGAGAUUCCUAGGAAGAGACCAGAAAUCUGGCCACGAUCUACAGUAAUCCACCCUAGGGAGAAAGAAAAUAUUCCACGAGGCAGUGUGCAGUUUGCUCAGGAAAUAGAUCAAGUUUCUUCUUCAGCUGAUGAAACGGAAGAUGAACGGUCUGAAGCUGAAAAUAUGGCAGAAAAUCUCUCUGUCUGUAAUGCAGCUGCACAGCAGUUUCAAGGAAUAAUUAAUUUAGCUUUUGAAGAUGCAACUGAAAAUGAAAGUCGUGAAUUUUCUACAACUAAAAAGUUUAAAAGGUCAGUUUUACUUUCCGUAGAUGAAUGUGAAGAACUGGGGUCUGAUGAAGGGGAAGGCCACACUCCCUUUCAGCCUCCCGCAGAUGCUCUUUCACCUUCGGAUGUUUUUGAUGGCAUUUCUCAUGAACGUCAUGGAAGGACCUGCUAUUCUCGAUUCUCAGAACAAGGGAGAGAAGCUAGUAUUUUAGAAUGUAAACAGCAAGAUAAAGGCAAGGGUAUAUAUAAAAAUGAAAACACUCUUGUACGUCUAAGUAGCAUUGAUUCUUCAAGAAAAGAUAAACAAAUUAUUUCCACCACAGAAAAAAAGAACACAAUAGAUGGCCUGUCCAAAGGAGACAGACUGCUUCUUCCAGAAGAUAAAAAAACAAACAGUAGAAGCGGUGUGGAUAACAGCUUGCAGCAACGCAGCAGACUCUUAGAUGCUGACAUGAAAUCUCAAGAAAGACCAUGCCAUUUGGAGCUUCAUCAAAGAGAAGCCAGUUCUGACAUACCAAAGAACAGCUCUGCAAAAUCUCUCGACUCUUUUCGGAGUCAAGUUCUGCCUCAGGAAGGUCAAAUCAAAGAGAGCCAUUCCGCAGCUGCCGUAAAAGCUAAUGUUGCUUUAUCUGCAGGAAUUAACUCUCCCACACUUCCAGACGGUGAUAUAGGCCCCUACUGAUCUCACUGAACCAUUACAGCAUCCACGGCAGCGUGUAUGAUAGAGUGUAUGCCAAAGCUAGCCUCUAACACCAACUUGGAAAGACUGACCCAGCUGGUGGCAUCAGGAGACAACACAGCAGUUGAAGCAGGCGGGCCUUAUUGCUGCAGGAACGCCAUGAACCUUUCAUGGAGUUGCAUGAGCUAUCUGCAUCAAGAAGAGCAAGUCUCAGAUCAGGAGUUUGAGGGGUCCAAAGACUCUGAAGAGGUACAUAAAUCAAUGCAGUGCAUUUACAUUUAGCUUUAUGACCACAUUUAAGAGUUUUUUAGGUUUGCGUCUUCAUUUAAGUUAUUUUAGUGCUCGCUGCCAGUGCUUCCUAUCUCUCAGUUGGUAGAAAAAUAGCUCUAAAUAAUUAUCUCCUGUAAUUUCAUAUGGCAACAGAGAAGUGUAAAGCUACCAUGAUAUUUAUAUUUUCCUAGAUAACACCUUUUAUUUCUUUUGUAGGAAAUAAAAUGUAGGUAAUCUUUUAUGACAUUUGUCAUUUAAAAACACUGUCAGACUAUAACUAGACAUAGGUGUUUGUCAUUUAUUUUGCCAUUUAUAUUCCUUUCCAUCUACGUCUUUGGGCUUUUGCACUCCUCAUGAAAGCAUUCUUCUCAUCAUAUAUUUGAUUUUCUUACUUUUGUCUUGGUUGCUUCUUCAUGAACACCAAAUAUUAUUUUUUUUUCUUUCUCUACCUCUAUUUCUACCACCUCGCUCUAAUCUUUCUCUCUUAAUUGUGGAAUACCUCAGGUAAUCUUCAUUACUGAUUCAGUAAUACCCUAAAAUCAAAUCUUUCUUUCAUUACGGAUUUUAAUUCAGUGAUUGCAAAUUUUUAUAUCAGUGAAAGCCUUCCUAUUUCACUCAGAACUUAUAUUAACUUUCCCUUUCAGCCUAUCUUUCUUAGACUUUACUGAUAUAUGUUUAUAAAACAUGUGUGGGUGUUUGGAACUCUAUUAAGGAUGCCAGUAGUGUAUUGAGAUUUUCUUUUGGAUCCUGCAGUAGAUUGUUUUUAUGUUCUUCUUUGUGGAUUUUCUUUAUUUAUUUGAGAGACAGAAUUACAUACAGAGAAAGGGAGAGACAGAGAGAGAGGUCUUCCAUCCACUGGUUCACUCCCCAAAUGGCUGCAAUGGUUGGAGCUGGGCCAAUCCAAAGCCAGGAGCCAGAAGCUUCUUCUGGAUCUCCCACAUGGGUAAGGGAGCCCAAGCACUUGGGCCAUCUUCUCCUGCUUUCCCAGGCCAUUUAGCAGGGAGCUGAAUUGAAAGUGGAGCAGCUUAGACUCGAACUGCUGCCUAUAUGGGAUGCUGGCGCUGCAGGUGGAGGCUUAACCUACUACACCACAGUGCCAGCUCCAUGAUCCUUUUCCAUAGAUUCAGUGUCAGCUUUUGUUGUUCUUCUACUCACCUUCCUGUGAGUAACAGUCUUCAGAGUUAGUGUUUAUUAACAGAUAAAAUGUACAUAUUUGUCUAGGUCCUGCCACCUAUCCAUCUGUAUGUAUGUUGACAGUUGACAGUUCAAUUCCCAUGUCUACUAGGCCUUUACCUACUGCAGCUUUGCUCUGUUAGCUUAUCCUACCCCACUGGCUGAUCAGCUGUUACUCUGCAAUUACGGAGCACAUGAAAAAUCCAAUUCUCUGCUUUACACUGCCUUCAGGUUCAUCCUUUCUCCGCCCCUACCUACAGUGCUAUUUUUGGGACCAUGCUUUUCUCAACAUGCAGCCUGCACCCUAUUCCUGCUCCCUCUUUCCUUGGAACUCUUCUUUCUAUGGAUAUAGAAGCAGGGAUAUAAUGGUUGUACAGGGAAGAAGACAGGAAGAGGUGAUUAAUAUAACUCUGGCUGCCUCCAAAAGCAAUGCCAAAAAUGAUACCCACAAAGUUUCAUACUAAUACAAAGCCUUGACCUGAAUUGGGAAUCAAGAGGUAAAUAUUAUGUACUUUUACCUUUUUUCGUUCCAUAUCAGAUCCAUAUGAGAAAAAAAAAACCUGACUAGCUUUGUAAAGAAGCCUAUGUGUGAAUUUUCUUAUCUGGCUCAUAUACCUUAGUUUUAGGAAUUUUUAUGUUCUUAGACUUAGUUGUUCCUUGGCACAUUGAGUUCUUAUCUUGCUUUUACAGUAUGACUGAGGACUGAAGGCAGUUUCCUUUGCCAAAAACAAGAAUCUUGCAAAAUGUCAAAAAUUGCAGAAAUUGGUGGCUGCUGUCUCUUCCAAGUACAGGGGGAGACUCAGCAAUGCAUGGUGUAGGAUAUGCAGAGCAGUCACCAUCGACCCCCAAACACUGGGCUGCACAUGGGGUCUCAGGAAAGUGUGUGCACCCAGGAUCUCCAAGCAGCUGGCCCCCAGGCUGAGAGCCCGCCCCAACACCCAGAGUAGCAGGAAGCUAGAUCUGAAGUGGAGUAUCCAGGACGCAAAGCAGCACUCAUAUGGAUGCCGGCAUAGCUGUGCCUCAAAGCCAGCCUGUUUCAUCUUCAUCAAAGCCGUUCCAGACAAGCUUGCCAUGGAGGGGUGCAGCAGUCCAGGCUCCUGUAUCGCGCUCUACUGAAUCCUGCUGAGUCUGUCCACCUGCCAUCCAUGCAGCCCUUCCUCCGAGCAGGACGUUAUGCUCAACAGUCAUGAUGAGGAAAGAGAAGUGAGAUGGGCAGCAGGGUUGUUCUCUCACUGUCCAGGAGGUUUGCUGCCCUGGUGAGGAGUCUCAUGUGCAGGGCUCUGCAGGUCCCGUGCCCUCCACCCAGGAGGGCCUUGAUCAAGCUUGCCAGUGAACUCACGGAAGCCCAAGAACACACCUCCCAGGGGAACCUUCUCCAGCUGUCAUUCCAAGCCUGAGUUUGGGCCACACCUACGGGGCCACCAUUAGCCUUUGUGCAAAUUAGAAAAAUGUAUCCUUUAGGGAAAAUCCAAGUAUAGGCACAUGUACUGGAGAUCCAUGGACUUCCUUCCAAGCUGUCUUUGCUGGGAGACAUUUUGCAGUGCAUGCACUGUGCAACUGUACUAGGUGGCCUGAAUUUGGGUCCUUCAUCUAUACCCUCCAGUGGCCACAGGGACCACAUUGCACAGAAAUAGCUUUCAUUUGCUCACCUGACUCCUCAUUCCUACCACCACCACCCAUUAAAAUUAUUUGAGGGCGAGGGAGAAUCUCCCCCUGCCCUAGGCCUGAAGCCUGGCUCUAAGCAGGUACAGGUAAUAAGGAUUGAACACUUGCUGUGGGUUGGCACCAUGCCUCCUACUCACUGGCUCUGCAUGUAUUUACCUAAUCCUCAGCCUACAGUACCUGCCUGAGAUUAUAAAAUGGCGAAGGCAAGCAUUGUCCAAGGCACUGCCCACCAAUGCUAUUUAUCAGUAAAUGCCCAUCCAGUCAUUAAACAUCCGGUGGCGGGGGGGAUUGCAGAAAUUCACCAUUGAAUUAUAGCUAUGUUCAGUAAUCACAUUACACCAACUAUAGUUAAAGCACAAGGAAUUAUCAUGAAAGUCAGCUAAGAACCAUGAGAUAAUUAAGUUGAAGAGGGCCCAUACAACAGAUAGGGUAGGGAAGUACAAAUAAUUUUCAUAGUACAUAAGAGAAAACAAAAUAUGUUUUAUUUUGGUUAAGCCAUAUAUAUACAUUUAAACCUAUUUGAAAGUGGAAGUUUUUAAAGUCGAACAAUUAGCUAUUUUUAAAACUACCUAAGGCUGAACUAAAAUGAGCUUGAAGCUUUCAAAAUAAUAAAUCAUUUAAAUCCAAUUAUUUUUAAAAAUUUAUAAACAUAGUAAGAGUCUGAGAAUAUGCCAUUGUGCCACUUUUCCAGAAAACUGGAAAAAGAUUAGAUUUGAAAAUAGCCACUUUUUUUUUUCAUGAGACUUGUAUGAGUCCAUUUGCCUCUGUGGGUGUGCAUGCGUGUGUGUGUGUGUGUGUGUAUGUGUGUUUCCUUUUGACAGGUACAAUAGCAAGGUAAAAAAUAUCAGGGUAAAGCAGAAAACAAAGAGAACAUCCAGAGUGGAACAUCAAAAGAAAAUGUUUGUUGAAUCUUUGCAACAGAUGGUAAGAGAAAAAUAUUGAAGUAAACUCAUUAUUAUAGAUCUAUCAAAAUAUUCAAGCCAUUAAGUAGAUUAGAGGAUUUAUUGCUGCCUAUGAAACAGAAGCCACAUACAGACACACACGCCAGUAUUAAGCUGUUCUUUGCACAGUCUCAUAACAGUCUGUCAUUCUGCAACUAAUGUGGAAAUAUGGCAUUGCAAGCUUUAUAAAAUAUGUAGUUUUAUUGAUUCUAUGCUUUCAGGUUGAAAUAUACAUUUCAAUCCAAGAAUCAAUAAUUUAUGGAAUUAAUUUUUCAUUAUAACUUUCUCACAGAUGCUGAAUUAGGCAUGGUCUGACUAUAAGCAGGAAUGUAAAUGGAACAUAUUUCUGUCUAGGAAUUCUAGGGAGAAGUGAAUCAGGGAGGCAGGCUAUUAUAGAAUUUCCAAGUGUAUUUGUGAAUCUAAUUUCAGUCAGUAUAUUUGGGCCUGAAUCAUGAAGAUACCUUUAAAAACACAAUUCAAAUAGCCUUGUUUGUUCUACUAACAAAUGAAUCGUGGUAAUACAAAAGCCUCUCAAAUGAAAACCUGUUAACAGAGUUAGCUAUUAAAUGUUUAUUUCUAGCAAAUACCUCUCAUACAAAAUAUUAGCCUGGACCUAAUGGACCAAAACUUGACAUAAAUUAGUUCAAGUCUAAAAGUAAUAAGGUUAAGAAUUUUAAUAAAAAUAGAAGCUCUUAUUUGUACUGUGUGUCUUAUGGCUACUAACAUUCAAUCAAGUCUGACAUGUUAUCACCAGAUACAAACCAGAAGGGGUUUUUUACAUGCAAAGAUGAAUGAUACUUCAAAAAUUUGUCUAUAUUAGUACUUAAUAGAUACCAGACACCAUUCUAGGUGCUAGAGAGUCAUUGGAGAACCUAACAGUCAAAAAUCCUUGGUUAUGUAGACUUUACAUUCUAGUGAGAAAAGAAAGGCCAUAAAUAAUAAAUAAAAUUAAUAUAUAUGUCAGAUUAUAUGUUUGGAGGUGAUGAGUACUAUGAACAAAACAUAAAGCAGGCUAAGGAAUCAGGAGUGGUUCCAAUUUUAAACAAGGAAGUCAGAGUAGGCUUUAUGGAAAGGUGUUAACUGUGCUAAGAUUUGAAGAAGGGAAGAGUAAGACCUCAGUCACUUAGGACAGGAAAGUGAGCAUAGAACUGUGUCUAGGAGCUCAGUGCUGGACUGGUAAAACCCAACACUGGGAAGAUCCCAAAUUUCCCUGUCCUCAGACCGGUGCCUACAGAUGGGUGCCUAUGGACCUGUCCCAGUGCCAGAUGCAGACACAUAACUCCAGUCUAUGGGACUCAAGUCCCAGCCAGCAUCACUGAUGGCAGGCUGCAGUGGUCUUGGGCUAUGAGUCUACAUUAGUAGCACCCAGCUGAUAGCAGUGUAGAAGCUAGUACUCAAAUGGCAGUAAUAUGAUAUUACCUACUAAUAAUUAACACCAAUGGUUCAAAUCAUUCAAGUAAAAGACAUAGAGUGACUGAAUGGAUCAAAAAAUGAAAACCCAACUAUAUGCUGCUUGAAGAAACUCACUUAACCAGUAAAAACAGAGACUAAAAAUGAAGGAUGGAAUAAGAUAUUCCGUGCCAAGGGAAUUCAAAAGAAAACAGGAAUAGUCAUACAAAUACAUCGGAUAAAAUAAGACUUUAAACCAAGGCAGUAAAAAGAGACAAGGAAGGUCAUUUUAUAAUAAUAAAGGGGUCAAUUUAGUGAGAGGAAAGACUGAAUGACAAAAUCUCCCACCAGGGGGCCAGCACUGUGGCACAGUAUGGUAAGCUUCUGCCUGUCCUAGCUGCUCCACAUCCAAUCCAGCAUCCCUACUGAUGUCCUGGGAAGGCAGUGGAAGAUGGCCCAAAUUCUUGGGCCUUUGUACCCUCAUGGGAGAUCUGGAAGAAGCUUUUGGCUCCUGGCUUCUAUCAGCCCAGUGCCAGCUGUUACAGCCAUUUGGGGAGGAGUGAACCAGUGGAUGGAAGACCUCUCUGUCUGUCUGUAACUCUACCUCUCAAAUAAGUAAAUAAAUCGUUAUAAAAAAAAAAAAAAAAAAAAACUCGAACCAAAGAAAA